AUGUUUCUACAUCACGCCAAGUUCGCCCUGCGACUGCUUCUCGCAACCGCUGCUCUCGCCCCGGCGGUCAAUGGCCAGACGCAAUGCCGCAGUCGUGACGGUCCCAAGCUGGGGGCCGUCGCGUCAGAAAACAGCAUAUGCAGCAGAAUAGGAACGCGCCUGCUGGAAGACGGCGGCAAUGCCGUCGACGCUCUCGUCGGCACCGUGUUUUGUGUAGGCGUCACGAGCAUGUAUCACAGCGGAAUCGGCGGCGGCGGCUUUCUCUUGCUGAGAUCGCCAAACGGCACCUACGAAUUUGUCGACUUCCGGGAAACGGCGCCCGCGGCCGCCUUUGAAGACAUGUACAAGGGAAACGUCAACGCAAGUAUGUACGGCGGCUUGGCCAGCGGAGUGCCUGGCGAGUUGAGAGGCUUGGAAUACAUCCACAGGAAAUACGGCGCUCUGAAAUGGGCUGAUGUCGUGGCACCUUCGAUCAAGCUCGCGCGUUUCGGGUUCCCCGUGACUGAGGACCUGGUCCGGUACAUGGACUCGACGUCUCCAAACGCAUUCCUCACCCAAGACCCGUCUUGGGCCAUGGAUUUCGCCCCCCGGGGAUUUCGUGUGCGCUUGGGCGAAACCAUGACGCGAAAGCGGUAUGCAAACACACUCGAGACCAUUGCCAGCGAGGGCGCCGAUGCCUUCUACACGGGUGCCAUCGCAGACGCGACGAUUCGGGCUCUCACGGCCGCCAACGGAACCAUGACCCUGGAGGACCUCGGGAAUUAUACCGUUGCCCUUCGGGAACCGGUCCAACUACAAUAUCGUGGAUACAAACUCACCAGCACAAACGCUCCCUCGAGUGGCGUCGUCGCUCUCAGCGCCUUGAACAUCUUGAGCGGAUAUGACGCCUUUUUAGAUCCAAGCCGAUCGAAUCUGUCCACACACCUCAUGGAUGAAGCCAUGAAAUUCGCGUAUGGCCAGCGUACCAAACUCGGCGAUCCGUCCUUUGUUGCAGGCCUGGACAAGUACACCAAGGACAUGAUUUCUCCCCAGGCAGGCGCCGAGGUUCGCUCCAAGAUAACCGACCAAAAGACUUUUGACGUGUCGUACUACGACCCGGAAGGCCUCGAGUCUCUAGAAACACCGGGAACAUCGCACAUUGUCGCCGCAGACGCCGCGGGCAUGUCCGUGUCCAUGACCACAACCGUCAACCUCCUCUUCGGGUCGGGCCUCAUGGUCCCCGAAACCGGCGUCAUCAUGAACAAUGAAAUGAACGACUUUAGCAUCCCCGGGGAAAGCAACGCCUUCGGAUACAUCCCCAGCGCGGCCAACUUUGCCCGGCCGGGAAAGCGCCCGCUGUCGUCCAUUUCCCCCAUCAUUGCCGAGACGGCAGACGGCAAGCUGUAUUUCUCUAUUGGUUCCGCGGGGGGGAGUCGUAUUAUUACGGCGAAUAUCCAGAACGCGAUCCACCUGCUGGACGGCAACAUGACGGUCGAAGAGGCCUUGGGGCAGCCGAGACUCCAUGAUCAGCUUGUCCCGAGCCGAGUGAGUUUCGAGUACACGUACAACAACCGGACGGUGGCGUAUAUGAAGUCUCUGGGGUACAAUGCCACGUGGGUUGCUCCGGGACAGAGCACGGCACAGGGAUUGCGGCUAUUGCCCAAUGGAACAUUUGAGGCGGCUGGGGAGCCGAGACAGAAGAACUCUGGGGGUUUCGCCGUAUAG